AUGUCCCCGCCAGAGUUCCUUGCUUCGUGGAUCAAGGCCCAGAAACCGAAGGCCCCACGAAUGAAAGAUGCCCCCACUUUCUAUCGAAAUCUCGAAGAGGCUCUAGACGUGCGAAGGGCUGACCAUGCCAUGGCUACGAGAACAAAGAGCUCGUGGAAGACGGAUGAGGCUGUUGACUUCUGUUCCAAUGAUCUACUUGCCUUGGGGUCCUCAGGACAGUUGCGCACCGAGUUCCUAGAGGAACUUGCGCGACACCCUGACUUUUCCUUGUAUGCUGGGGGCUCUCGGCUGAUGGAUGGGAAUUAUGACUACAUUGAGCAGGUCGAGCAGGAAAUCGCCGGCUUUCACGGCGCGGAAAGUGCCAUUAUCUUGAAUUCGGGGUAUGAAGCCAACGGUGCCAUCUAUACUGCUAUCCCGAGACCAGGAGAUGCCAUUGUCUACGACGAGCUCGUCCAUGCAAGCACACAUGACGGCAUGACCCAUAGCCUGGCUCUCUGCAGAAUGCCUUUCCGCCAUAAUGAUGUAGAUUCUUUUAGGGACACGUUGGCAUCCGUCGUCGAUUCACAGUCCAUGAUCAGGGAUGGGUCGCGCUCGGUGCUAAUCUCCGUUGAAUCGAUAUAUAGUAUGGACGGAGACAUCUGUCCUAUAGAAGAGCUUAUCGAUAUCGCCAACGAAGUUUGCCCGAAAAAGAAUGCGGUGUUCAUCGUGGAUGAAGCUCAUGCGACUGGGAUAAUAGGCCCAAACGGCGCCGGUCUCAUUUGCGAGCUCGGCAUUCAAGACAAGAUCGCAAUCCGACUACAUACUUUCGGAAAGGCGCUGGCUUCAUCGGGAGCUGUUAUAUUAGGAAGCGAGUCUGUGAGGCUAGCGAUUCUGAAUUUUGCGCGCUCCGUCAUUUACACCACUGCUCCCUCAUUCCCUGCAGUAGCCGCAAUUCGCUCUGCGUAUAAUCUUUUAAAGUCCGGUGCGACACAGGAGUCUCAAGAGAAGAUUCAGGAUCUGGUCAAGCACUUCCUGACGACCAUAACAUCCCAUGAAAUUUGGGAUGAGGCCAAUGAUAUGGGCAUCCUAUCGAUCCCUAUCAGCGAUAAUUGGGAGUUUCGUGAUUUUAUGACCCAUAUUGUCCCGGUGUGGACUCGCCAGCGUUACAACUUCUGGCUAGUUUUUCACCUUCAAUUAUCAAAGAUAUCGGCAUUUCCUAUCGACUAUCCUGUUGUUCCUAAGGGUCAAAGCAGAAUUAGACUCAUGUUCCAUGCUAGGAAUACCGAAGCAGAGGUAGAGUUGCUGGCUAAUUCAAUCUGCGAAUGGGCCAAGGAGAUGAUCGACAUCGAAAAGGGGGAGGGAAAGUCGAAGGUUCCCAAAGCUGCUCAGCAGAUAUAUGCACUGAUGGCCGAUGUAUAA